GCAUGUGUGUGCCGUGCCGUGUGAGAGCACAGUUCAGUGGUGUGUCUCGCGUGCGUGUGUAUCGUCGACUCGACGACGGCGGAUGGACGGGCGGACGUGUUAAACGUGCGGAAAGUGGCAGCGGUCGGAACAGAGAGAGAGAGAGAGAGAGAAAGAGAGAGUGCGCGUGAAUCCUGGUGACGCCGUCGCGACGACGUACCGCGUACGUCGCGUGUCCCGCGCGUACGUCCCCGGACACACGCGAGUUCCCGGAGUGAAUGGGGCGAAGGAGGAACGGCGGCGCAGGUACGAGCAGCACAGACAGCAAGAGCUUGGGUUUACCAUGGGCACGUUACUGGCUAUAAAAGAGAUCGUACAAUAUUCUCCUAAGCCUGAAAUGGGGACGAGGAGUCCUUCAGCGUAGACAUGGACUACGAUCUGUUUGGUGAAGAUGUCAGUGGCUCGAUGCUCGAGGCUCUUCCUGAUCUCGGAGGGAACGAUCACUUCGAUCCUGCGCCUGCGAAUAAUUCCGUAGCGGUAUCCAGAGACGGUCUGAAUUCCGGCCCUAAUGGAGGAGGGAGUUACAUUAGCCAAUCCUACAACAUUUCUCAAGAAUCUCCAAUACAAAAAUUAACCACAUUCGGCGGAUCUGACUUUGGUGGCUCGAAUCAAUUGCAAAAUCCGUCGCAGCGCAGCAUGUUCAACCAAAAUCUCGGUACGUUCGAUAAUAGCGCCACACCUCAGCGUGCUAUGGUGCCGGGCGCGUUUCAAAAUCAGGCUCGUAAUAUUGCACCGCAACAGCACAGGGGGCCUCAUCCGGGUAGCGGUGGUCAGUAUCCUAGCUACAAUGACAAUAUGUAUUCUAUGGAGCAGCAACACUCGAUGGCUAGAGCCAACAUGAGUAUAGACCCCAGCCAACAAGGUUGGCCGGGUAAUGGAAGUGGUUAUCCACAGAUGCAGAGGCAUUACAAUCAGAUGGCUCCGCAGCCUGCCACGUACAGGCAACACAUGCCGCCACAGUAUUCUCAUCAGCAAGACCAAGCUGGCGUUAUCAAUCAAAAGAUGCAGCAGCAGCAGCAGCAGCAACAGCAGCAGCAGCAGCAGCAACAACAACAACAACAACAACAACACUUUAGUCAACAAGGGAUGAUAGGCAGCAUGGGGGUUUUGCAUCAAUCAAUGCAACCCGGCGCGGCCGGCGGUGUUUAUCAGCAUAUGGUUGGGCAACAGCAGCAUUACCAGCAAGGCAAUUCGGUAGCGGCGAUGUAUCAGACGUCACCCGGCUAUCCUGGUUUUGCUUCGGCGAUUCAUCAGCAACAGCAGGCUCAGCAACCGCCCCAGGCGAGAAUGCCGCACCAUCAUCCAGCUCAUCCGACACAUCAACCGCAUCCAUCUCAUCCUCAACAAUAUCCUCAGCAUACCCCUCAACAUCCGAACGCGCAGCAACAACCGACGAUGGAUCCUCAAUAUCCUCAUCACGCCACGUCGAUGUAUAAUCAACCUCAACAUUCGGCUCCGCCACAGCAACAAUUCGGCACAGCACCGAAUAAACACUCGACAAGUCCACAGUAUCGCGCCGCGUUUCCACAAUUGUCACCACAAAUGUCACCACGGCCGCAAAUGUCCCCGCGUCCACCGGCAGUGCAGCAGCAGAUGUCACCCCGACCCAUCAUGUCGCCCGCCAAACCUACUACGUUAUCGCCGCAUCCUCAUGUUCAACUUCCUCAUCAGCAGGGUAAUCAGGGUAACGCGAUGUCGGUGUCACCCUCGUGUCCGCCCACGUCUAUGCAAAUGAAUCCAUCAUCGCAGCAACAGCAGACUACUCUGCAAGCUCUCGAGCAAAUGGUGAUGCCUGGAGUCGCCGUGUCGAACUCCAGCGUUCCAGCUCCAGAUCAGUAUAAUCAGUUCCAAGCACGUCCGCCAAUAUCGCAAACACCGAACGUUCUGCCGCAGCAGCCGACGGCACAGAGCCCGAUGCCAGGUCAAGUCACAGGGCCAAGAAUGCCGAUGCCCGGUCAGUGGCAAUCGCACCCGCAGCAGCAACAGCAACAGAUUAGGCCAGGUAUCGGCAUUAACGAGGAAAGAGGUAGCAUAGUAGAGCAACCUCAGCAGGCGCCGAUAGUAUCCGAGCAGAGUGCUCCGAUGUUCCCCGUCGCUGGACCGGAGACUACUGUUCACAACGUUGUGGAAACAGCGACAACGACGAGCACAACGACAACGAGAGAACCAACGACGACGGCGGAGAAUGUCGUGCAGAACCCGAUCGAAACCCCGAAACCAGAACCCGAGCCUUCUUUGCAUCAGAGCGCUCAGCAACCGGACGCAAUCGCUCAACUUGGCCCACCGCAAGUGGACACAUCGGCACAAAAUAAUUCGCAAAAUAAUUUAUCUUUAGAUCAUACAUCUACGGUGGGAAAUAUGCCUACACCGGCGAGUAUAUCUCCGAUUGAAACGGUGCAGUCUCUUCCUGCAUCCAGUACAAGUGGCAAUAUGGAGUGCACAAAUGUGACUACGUCAUUACAACAGCAGCAGCAGCAGCAACAACAACAACAACAGACGGUUGCUGCACCGAUUCAAAAUCCUGUUUCUAGUAUCGAGAAUCCGAGUGUGUGCGAAACGAAACCACAAGAACAAAAUAUGGAAGUACAUCAGCCGCCAAUGAGCAGUACAACGCAUGCACAACAAGCUAUAGGACAGCAGCAGCAACCGCAACAUACUCAGCAACAGCCUAUUACUUGUCCUCCACAGCAGCCAGUGCAGCAGCCGGUACAAUCAGUGCCGCAACCAGUGCAACAACUUCAUAUGACUCAACCACAGAUAGUCCAGUCUCAGGCAACGAUACCACCUCCUCAGCCGCAGUUACAAUCGCCACAACAAUCUCAGAUGGGUCAAUCGCAACCUGUUCAAAUAAAUCAGCAAUUGCAACCACAGCAACAAAUACCUCAGCCGCAACCGUCAUCACAACAGCAACAGCAGCAGUUGCAGCAAAUUGCACCCAUUCAACAACCGCAAAUUUCUCAGCCCCAACAACCUGUACUGAGUCAAACACAGCCGGUGCAGUCUCAGCAAAUUUCGCCAGCGCCUCAGCCCCAACUCGGACAGCCGCAGCCACAGUUGGGACAAGCACAGCCUCAAUUGGGACAACCGCAGCCCCAACUGGGACAACCGCAAGCCCAGUUGGCGCAACCGCAGCCACAAUUAGCGCAACCGGUUGCUCAGCAGGGCCCGACUUGCGUUACGCAGCAGGCGCAGUCAACGACAGCGACGCCGCCGCAGGCGCAGCCACAGCCACCUCAUAUGCAACCUCAGCAGGUCGGCAUAGUGCCGCAGGGUGCCGCGUUAAUACCACCUCAAAUGCCACCACAGAUGCAAACGCAGCCGAUACAAAAUCCAACGUCUCAGAUGCAGAAUCAGAACGCUCAGGUGCCGCCUGGACAUUUAAACGCACAACAGAUACCCGCAGUUAGUCAGACCGCCGGUAUGGUGUUGCCGCCGCAUCAAGCUGCGGUUUCCGUGCCAAAUUCGCAAACGCCGCAUCAGUAUCAUCCUGGAGGCGACAUGAUCACCGGCAAUACAAUGCCAAACAUGUACAGCAUGCCGACUAAUCCUACACAAACCCCAGUCGCAGCUGGCGGUUUCGGCACGUCUUGCGCGCCACACACGCAUCAUCAAGAGCGAGCUGCGCUGCAACAGCAGUUACAGGAAUUGUACUGCAUGCCGCCAGCUCCGGAAAAUCAGGAAAAGAUUGUCGCUUUGCAGGAGAAGUUGCAGGCGUUGCAGCAGCACGAGACGAAUGAUCAAUGUAACGGUGGUCCGCAGUGUAUACUACAAACGCCGAUGUUUACAGCUGCUGUAGUUGAUAGUCCACAGGUAUCCAGUACUACUGGACGUGGUCGCAGCAAAGGUACGCCACGAGCGAAAAAAAGUCGUAAAAAAGCCGAUAAAGAGGCAUCUGCGCCUACCACUGCCACUCAGCAACCCGAGCAACCUUUGUCGGACAAUAAAGUCACUCCAGGUGAUAGCAGUAAUAUAGUAGACAGUGCUGCAGAUUCGGAAGAUAUUAAGCCGUCUUCCGGGGAUAUAGAGGAGGAAUGGAAUAAGGGUAGAAAGUCCCGAUCGCCUCGAAAACCGCGGAAGCCGAAGGAACCAAAAGAGCCCAAAGAGCCGAAACCUAAGAAGGAGCCGAAACCACCCAAGGAACCGAAAUCGCCGAAAGUGGCGAGGAAGAGAAAUAAGGAUAAAGACAAAGAUUCCACAAAGCGUAACAGGAAAAAAACUACUCAAUCUGAGUCCGCCGAUGAUGAAAACUUACGGGAAAACGAAGAAACUGCCGUUUCGGAUUCCAGCGCUGUUAAGGACGCCGAGACGAAGGUCUGUGAACCGUCCAUACAGGGUGAUCAGGAGCAAGUGGAUUCUUCCACCAAUGAACCUCUGUUAUCCGAAGUAAAGGAAGAAGGCAAAGAGAAAACUGGAACGGAGGAUGCUACGGAGGAGGAUAAGAAAGAUGAAAGCUCGGAAGCAACUACUGCGACCGUUGAAACUGCGAGCGGCGGUAAAAAGAAAUCUGCAGCUCGAAAACGAUCGAGUACUGGCAAGUCGUCUGGAGGGAAAAGUUCCAGAAGUUCUAAGAAACGCAAGAGUCGCAUUGCCCCUGAUUCUGACGGCGAGGAAUUGGCGGCGACGCCUCCGCCAUCACCAGAGGCUGGCGAUGAUAUGAAUAAGCGGCGUUCCGCAAGAAACACUCAUCGCAAGAAGUACGUAGAUGAUGUGAUGUUGCGAUUCUCAGACGAUGACGUUCCUUUGCAAGAUGCUCAACUCUCGAAAAAAGUGGAAGGUGCAAACACUUCAAAACCUGCUGCCGCUAAAAAGGAUGGUGGUGAGGGCACCGAAGGUGCUGGACCUAACAAACCCAACUUUGUAUACAUUAACACUACAGACGAGGACUCUAUGGUUGUGCAACAUAUUUUAUGCUCUCGAAUGGGAAAGAGGGAAGUUAAGCCCGUGGUACCCAAGGUAGAACCGCCCCCGGUUGAAAAGGAUGAGAACGCGGAUAAAGAAGAAUCUACUGACAACAAGGACGAGACGUCCGAUGAUGCUGCGAAAAAGGAAGAUGCGAAAGAUGACGAGAAAGAAGCGGAGGAUACAACCGAGGAUACAACCGAGGAUAAGGAAAAGAGUGAAACCGAUAGCGCGAAGAAGGAGGAACCAAAGAAACCGGAAGAACCUUCCCCGGAUUCGAAACCAGCCGAGACUACUGCCGUUGUCGAGACAAAGCCACAGAUCAUCGAAGCCGAAGAAUAUUUCGUUAAAUAUCGAAAUUUUUCGUAUUUGCAUUGCGAAUGGAGGACGGAAGAGGAAAUGUACAAAGGAGAUAAACGUAUUCAAGCUAAACUGAAAAGAUUCAAGCAGAAGCAGCAGCAAAACACCAACAUUUUCGAAAAUCCCGAAGAUGAUCCUUUCAAUCCAGAUUUUGUCGAAGUCGAUCGAGUCUUGGAUGAAGCAACUCACACAGAUCCAACUACUGGAGAGACAGUUCGACACUUCUUGGUCAAAUGGCGAUCUCUACAGUAUGAAGAUUCUACCUGGGAAUUAGAAGAAGACGUUGAUCCCGAAAAAAUAGCUCAGUUUGUGAGAUUCAAUAAGGUGCCACCAAAGGAACAGUGGAAGCCGAAGAAGAAACCUAAUGCUACAGCUUGGGUAAAGUUGGAAGAAUCACCAGUUUACAAAAAUAAUAACAUUUUAAGACCAUAUCAAUUGGAAGGGUUGAACUGGCUGCUAUUUUCAUGGUACAACGGACACAAUUGUAUUCUCGCUGAUGAGAUGGGCUUGGGAAAGACUAUUCAGUCGCUGACAUUUGUGGACGCGGUCUACAAGUACGGAAUUCGUGGACCAUUCUUGAUUAUAGCUCCGUUAUCGACCAUUCCGAAUUGGCAGCGAGAAUUCGAAAGCUGGACCGAUAUGAACGUCGUGGUAUAUCAUGGAUCUGCGGCGAGUCGUACCAUGCUUCAGGAAUACGAAGUUUACUACAAGAACGAGAAGGGACAGCAAAUCAAAGAUUUAGUAAAGUUCAACGUGUUGAUAACAACGUUUGAGAUCAUUAUAACCGACUUUAACGAGCUACGUGGAUACAAUUGGAGACUCUGCGUCAUAGACGAAGCUCACCGACUAAAGAAUCGAAAUUGUAAGCUCCUCGAAGGUCUUAGACAAUUGAAUCUGGAUCACAGAGUACUUUUGUCGGGCACGCCGUUGCAAAAUAAUGUCAACGAACUGUUUUCCUUGUUGAAUUUCCUCGAGCCGCAACAGUUUGCGAGUAACGAAGCAUUCCUGAAGGAAUUCGGUAACUUGAGCAGCGAGGGUGAGGUGCAAAAGUUGCAGCUUCUUUUGAAACCGAUGAUGCUACGUCGUCUGAAAGAAGACGUGGAGAAAUCGCUGGCACCGAAGGAAGAAACCGUCGUUGAAGUGGAACUGACCAAUAUACAGAAGAAAUAUUACCGUGGCAUUCUCGAGAGAAAUUUCUCAUUUCUUGCGAAGGGCACCACAUCGGCGAAUAUUCCGAAUCUUAUGAACACGAUGAUGGAAUUGAGGAAGUGCUGCAUCCAUCCGUUCCUGCUGAACGGCGCCGAGGAUCAGAUACAGCUAGAUUACAAGACCGGCGAGAAGGAAGAUUCCGAGGCGUACUAUCACGCCCUGGUGAACAGCUCCGGAAAGAUGGUCCUGAUCGACAAGUUGCUGCCGAAACUGAAAGCCAGCGGUCAUCGAGUCCUGAUAUUCAGCCAGAUGGUGAAAUGUCUGGAUCUGCUCGAGGACUAUUUGUUGUACAAGAAGUAUCCCUACGAGAGAAUCGACGGCCGAAUUCGUGGAAAUCUGCGACAGGCCGCCAUCGAUCGUUACAGCAAACCCGACUCGGAUCGGUUCGUCUUCUUGCUCUGUACGAAAGCGGGUGGACUUGGCAUUAAUCUAACCGCGGCCGACACUGUCAUUAUUUACGAUAGCGACUGGAAUCCGCAGAACGAUUUGCAGGCGCAAGCUCGUUGCCAUCGAAUUGGGCAGCAGAAGAUGGUCAAGGUGUAUCGUUUGCUCUGCCGCAACACAUACGAGCGAGAGAUGUUUGACAAGGCGUCUCUGAAGUUGGGGCUCGACAAAGCGAUCCUGCAGUCCAUGAAUACCAGCCAAGGUGGCAAAGAUCCCAGCAAUAAACAAUUGACGAAGAAGGAGAUAGAGGAUCUGCUGAAGAAGGGCGCUUACGGUGCUAUUAUGGACGAUGACAAUGCUGGCGACAAAUUCUGUGAGGAAGAUAUCGAGCAAAUACUUGAGCGUAGAACUCAGAUUAUCACCAUAGAAGCAGAGAAAGGCUCGACGUUCUCAAAGGCGAGUUUCGCAUGCUCGUCGAAUCGUUCGGACAUUAACAUAGACGACCCCGACUUUUGGAAGAAAUGGGCGAAGAAGGCGGAGAUCGAUACUACGGAGAAGAAAGAGGAGGACGAGCUGGUGAUAUCCGAGCCGCGGCGACGGACGCAAAUUAAGCGUUACGGCCACGACGAGUCGGUGGUUGACAUGUCCGAAUUGGACAGCUCGGACGAGAACAGCGACGACGACGGCAUCGGCCUGUCCGGCAGGAGCAAGAAACGACGCGACAAGUUCGGCAAGAAGUCGCGCAAGUUUUACGACGAGUACGUGCCGCGCGAGGGCGAGGUGGUGUACGGCAGUUGGGCGCGCAGCGAAUGUUUCAAGGUCGAGCGUGGACUGCUGACGUUUGGCUGGGGCCGCUGGGAGGAGAUUCUGCAGCACAGCCAGUUCCGUCGCGGUUGGCGCGAGGUCGACGUUGAGGAUUGCGCUCGCGUCAUUCUGCUCUACUGCCUGCGCUAUUAUCGCGGCGACGAAAAGAUCCGUAGCUUCAUCUGGGACCUCAUCACGCCCAUCGAGAACGGCGAGAAGGUGAAGAGCGUGUCGGUGAACACCGGCAGCAGAAACAGCCGGCAGAAGAAGAAGGGCCGCAUCCGUGAGGGCAGAGAGACCCGAGGAUCGGUCAUCAACGGCGGGCCGAGCGAUCCCAAUCAUUGGAGCAAUGCAGAGAAAUUCGAUGGGGACAUCUUUCUCGAGAGCAACUACAGGAAGCAUCUCAGUCGACACGCCAAUAAAGUAUUGCUACGCGUACGAAUGCUGUAUUACAUCAAACACGAGAUUAUCGGCGACCUGGUCCAGCAUAUCAAUGACGGCGUUCACGUCAGUGCGUUGCCGAUAGACCUUCCACAGUUGACGGACCGACCGGCGAAAUGGUGGGACUCGACAGCAGAUAAAUCCUUAAUAGUCGGCUGCUACAAACACGGCUAUGAGAAUUACGACCAGAUGAGGACUGACCCCGCGCUUUCUUUCAUUACAAGCUGUCCUCCCCCUUUCCAGAACUCUCAGAACAAGAGUACCGCCGAUAGCAGCAGCAGAGACGAUAACAGUCUGGAGAAUGACAUGGAGGAUGGCGAGUCUCCCGGCAUGACAAAAGACUCGAAGGACUCGGACAAGUUCAGUCGAGAAACGCCGGCGGAUUCCCCCGCCAUCUCGAGCAAGGCGGACACGCCGAUACCGGAGGCCAGCAGCAGUCACGACGGAAAUGACGGUCUUCUCCCGGAUGACGAGAAGCCGUCUUGGCCGUCUAUGGUAGAUCUUAAUACACGACUGCGUCGCGUGAUAUCCUCCUAUCAGCGAAGCGUUAGUAAAAAGGAGGACGUCAAAGUUAUUCCGAAACCUGGGGGGAAGAUGGGAAUGGAGAGCGAGACCACUUCGAUGAAUCAUACCAGCAUGAUGCACGAACCGCCCUUGAAUAUGCAAGGAUGGGAUCUGCAACAAUUGGCGAUGUACCUUUUGAAAAUGGAGAAAAGAGAAAAAAUGGAGGCGAUAGUGAAGGAACGAGAACGUACACGUAUCGAGGAGCAAAAGGCGAAGUGGACCCGUCGCGAAGAGAGCGAAUUCCUCCGGGUGGUGUCUACGUAUGGCGUCAAUUACGACAGGAAGAAGGCUCAGUACGACUGGACCAAGUUCAAAAGUAUCGCUCGAUUCGACAAGAAGACGGACAACGAUCUUACGGAUUACUAUAUGUCAUUCAGAGCAAUGUGUAAGAAAGUUUGUAACGCGAAGCUGAACGAAGAAGAAGAUUUUACAGAUGUUCCAGUGGAUCAGCUGAGUCCUGCCAAAGCGAGACAAAUACUCGAUCGCGUCGAUCUCCUGAGCAAGAUCCGCGAGGAGAUCCUGUCGCAUCCGCAUCUCGAGGAGCGGCUCUCGUUGUGCCAACCGUCGGGAGACACGCCGGAUUGGUGGCUGCCGGGGAAACACGACAAGGAAUUGCUGCUCGGUGCGGCGAAGCACGGUCUCGGGCGUACCGACAUAACUAUACUCAACGAUCCGGACUUUUCGUUUCACAAGCUUCUUACGAGGGGAAUGUACGCAGGCACGCAGACUCCUAAAGUAAUAGACAAGUCUGAGAGAGCGAUAAAGAUCGAGAAUAGAGAAGACAUUUUGAAGUUCGAUAAGGACGAGAUACUCGUGAAACUGGAGAAAGGCGAGGGAACUUUAAAGAUUGAAAAAGUUGGAGCGAAAAAGGACAAGGACCAAAGUACCGAUAAGAAAUCCGAGAACGCGGACUCCGAGAAAAGUCAGGUGGAAUUGACUAUUGUCAAAGCGGAGGCUAAACCCGAAGAAAAAUCUAUCGGCAGUUCGUUGACUAUCACAACCGUCGCGAGAACAUCGGACGCCGACAACGUCGCCGUAAAGAGCGAGGAAAAGAGCGAGCUAGCGAUAGAGCCGGUUAAAUGCGAUAGCACCAAAGUCAAUCAGACAGGCACUGCCAAGUCGACCGAUGAAGAGGUCGCGAAGGAGGCUAAUUCAGAGAGCGUGGAGAGUCCUGCUGUUGUGGAACUCGAGAAGGAGGACAAGGUUCAAGAAAAAGAUGUUGAACACGAAGUCAGCUUCGCCGAGAAAUUUUUGUCCGACGAGAAAUCGGAUGAGCCAGCGCAGGACGUCGUGAUGGAAACAGUCGAGAAAGGUGAGACGGAAGUUAAAGAGAAGGCCGAGAACGUCGAGAAGAGCGCUGAGACUACCGAGACUACCGCUGUCGAAGAUGAUAAUAACAAAAGCGCAAAGCCGGAUAACGCACCGGCUAAGGAAGAGGUCGAGGUGCAAGAAGCAAAGAGUUCGGACGUUGUCAAGGAGAAGGCGAAGGUUCUGCCAGUCGAGGAUAAGUGCAGCGUCCAGGCUGCAGAAUUGAAGGCAAUGUUCCCGGAUCUAGAAGUGAUACAACCGUUGUCGCGGCUAACGCAGAUCGAUACAUUCGUUUUGCGAGACAAACCAGCGGAUUACAAUAGCGAGUCUACGGUGAUGCAACUCCUAGCGCACGGCUGCGCUAAUACACCAAUAAAGUGGCCGAAGGAGCACGCGAUCGAAGCUCGUUUAAUGCACAUUGUGCACGCGAUAGAGCACAAAGAAUGGCCGGUGUCGGUGAACUUCAGUGCAGGCGAGGAGCUGGAGCCUGCGCAAAACGAAAAGGAAUGUUCGGAAGUGAUAACAAUCACUACGGACCACGGAGUGUCCCGAUCUAUAGCGAGCGGAAACAACAUCUCCGCUUCAAAGAAACGCAAGAGGCAUAUCGCCAUAGAUGUAGAGACAGAGCGAGCCAAGCUUCACGCGCUUCUCAAUAGCAGUCACUUGAGUACGCCGUCGCCCGCGCCCCUCAGCAAACCAGUCGUUCUCUCUGGUGCGACUAGCUGGGAGCUCAAUGACGAAUCCCAGUCCGAGGAAUCGCGACGCUCCACGCCGGUCCAGCCACCGCCGGCGCAUCAACAAACACGGACGCCGAAUAUACACUUUGAUUUGAAAUAUACUGUUCCGGGGAAAACGACCAUCAUACCUGGGACAUCGAGCACUUUGACGCCUAUCGAUUUAUCCGCUGGAUAUCCAAAAUCAAAUACCGACAGCAACAAGGACUUAAUGAAUGAAGUGCAAGAUUUCUCCAUGCCGAACAAGAAUAAACAAGUCAGCAGCAAUAAAGGGAAAUUGGAUAGUAUGCUUGACAAACUCAUGAAAAGGAAAGCUUGCCCUACAGAGGAACCGGUGGUCGGAAAAGAGAAGAAGCGCAGGAAGUUGGAUGAAAUAGUGUUGGGACUGAGCGCCGCGAAGGAGCAACAGAGCGGCCAUUAUCUCGAUCUCGGCAAGAAGAGUACAAUCACACCCAACGUGACCGUGACUCCGACAUCGGCGCCGAUCGGUCUUCCCAAUCCGCCGACGAGUGCCCAGAAACCGUUCUCCAUUACCGUUACAUCAAUUCCGUCUUCUCGAGCUUCGACUUCCUCUACGCCCGUUUUACCGCCGCCGUCCUUGCACUCGCACAAAGAUACCUUCUCCGCUUUGCUGGCUCAGGCUGAGCAACAAAAUCGUGAAUUGAAGAAACAGCAGCAGCAACAACAACAGCAGCAGCAGCAGCAUCAACAGCAGCAGCAGCAGCAACAACAACAACAACAGCAGCAGCAGCAACAGCAGCAGCAGCAGCAGGCAUUCAACUCGGCGCAUCCGUCUUCCUCGAGCAGCAGUCACCGAAAGAAUUACGAGGCAAUGAUUGCAGACAUCAACAAAGUCGCCGAGUACUCAUCCAAGAUCGGUUCGUUCUCGCAUGAGGCGAAGGUGAACAAGUGGCUGGCGGAGCAAAGCGCGAUGUCGGAGCAAUUAAGUGCAGAAUAUUUGAACGCUCCCCGACGACGCAGACCGCGCGUCGAUCCGUCCUUGUUGGAUUGGAAGAAGCUCACCGGUGAAGAGAAUGUCGCUGUUAUCAACCGAUUAACUGGCAAGAAGGUAACCGGAAGCAAAGCGCCUCAAUUGAAACGACUUGGAACGUGGCUAAUGGAGAAUCCAAUGUUCGAUGUUGAUCCGAAAUGGGCGGAACUUGUGAAGGAACGCGGCAAUCUUCCGCACGAUCUGCAGAAGAGACUAUCGGGCAACGAGCGCAGCAGCGUGAACAAGGGCAAGAGCCCGGGCAGACCGCCCAUGAUGCCCAGCCCGACGAGUCAGCAGUCGGCGAGUACCGCCAAUCUUGCGGCCACGUCGAUGGCGUCCAGCCUUAACUUCCCUCUCGGCAAUCUAAAUAACUCUCUGCUGUCGGGCCUGUCGCUCGGCAACUUCGAUCCGAAGAAUCCGCUGUUGAUGCCAUUCGGCGGUCUGACGAACCUCGGCGCGCUCGGCAGCCUCAGUAAUCUCAGCAGCUUGGGCAAUGUGGGUCUGACGAAUUCGUUGUUCGCCAAUCUGGCCGGGCUGGGUCUGCCGUCGUUAGCGGGCAUGGAAGCGGCGCUGAGUGCUCAAGCGACAUCCAACGCAGCGGCGGCGGCGGCUGCGGCGGCAGCCGCGGCGGAUAACCCAGUCGUAAGCUCGGCGAGUAUCAGUGGCAGCAGCGGCAAGAACGCCAAUUCUUCGUCGAGCAUGAGCGGCGGCGGUGGAAGCGGCGGCGGCAGUAGCAGCAAGUCACGCAGCAGCAAAUUAGAUCAGCCGACGACCAGCAGCAAAUCUUCGUCCGGCGGUCCGUCGACCUUGUCCGCUGUUUCAUCCGCAAGUCUGCCGACCCCCUCGCCGUUCCCGUUCCUCUUCACGAAUCCCAGCCUCCUCUACACACCGCUAACCCUAAGCGGCCUGAAUCCGUUCUCCAUGCAGUCUAGCGGCGUGUCGUCGGCCUACGAGAGCCUCGCCCAAUGUGGUCUGCUGAAUCCACCGACGUCCACCGCUUCAACGGUGCGCAAGCCUACAUCGUCUAGCAGCUCCUCUAGACAACGUGAGGCCCCACCGGAAUCUUCGACAUCCUCAUCUUCGUCGUCGUCGUCAACGACGAAACGAAAGGAGCCGGAGAAGAAGUCCAGAUAUUCAGUGGAUCCGGCCGUGACUCUUCAACAAUACACAGACAUGGCGGCGUUGCACGGUAGCGAGGAGAGACGCCGCGUCGAGCAGCAGCAGCAGCAGCAGCAGCAACAACAACAACAACAUCAACAACAACAACAACUGCAGUCGCAGCAGCAACACGAAAAGCGAGAAACAGCGGAUGUGGUGGCCGAUGUGGUAGCGGCGGAUCUGUCGGAGAAAAAGACCGAGCGAAAAUGCAAGGAUCAGGAGAUGAAAGAGGUUCUGGAGCAUCUAAGCAGGACCAGCGCCGAAUUGGUUACGCGGAAUAUUGAUGACGCUCCAAGAUCCGAGAAGCCGCCCAGCAGGAAUCGCAGCAUGGAUAGCAACCAAAAUUCUGACCAGCAGCAGCAACUACGAUCGACGCCGUCGGCGCCAUCGCCGCUCGAAGUCAUCCUGGAACCUGUUGCGAAGAAGAUGCGCAUUGAAAUGGACACAAGCACGAAAUCGUCCGCGUUGAGCAGCGAAGUGCCGACGGUGGAGAUCGAAGCGGUGACAAAACCGUCGCCGACGACUCCGACGAAGGCAACGCAACAGGCUGUAUCUUCGCAAGAGGAGGUCAGUGUCCCGCCCGUAGAAGCGAACACAGCCAAGAAGGAAGCAAACGAGACGACAACGACGACAUCAUCAUCAUCAUCAUCGCCGGCGACGGCGGCAGCGGCGGCGGCGGCAGUGGCGGCGUCAUCAUCGUCGUCAUCUGCGAACGUGACGUCGCCGUCGACGCAGAAUACCAGCGCGAAGAGCGACAGCGCUAAACCUGCUGCUCCAGAGGCAGAGGAGGACAGCAAGGGCGGCGCCAAGGCGCCGAAGAAGGCACGCAGCGGUAAACGAUUAAGCGUGGAGCCACCACCGGAGCGUAAGAAUCUUCGUUCGAGUGCCGGCAGGCAGGCGCGGGCGGCUGCGGAACGGCAAGCGCGAAUGGAGGGCGAGAUGCAGCAAUCCGAACAGCAGCAGCAGCAGCAGCAGCAAGACAGUCACGUGGCCGGCGAGUGAGUCACGGCGAGGUCUCGUCGGACUGCUGCCGCGAAAAAAAAAUGAUGAACGACAACUACCAAAAGUCGCCGCACGGCGAUCCGACGAAAGGAACUCUGACGGACGUCGCGGUCCACGAACUUCUUUUUCAACUCUCUGAUUCGACACUGCUCGCACAACGAAGAUCUGUAUGUAGAUAAUUCCCUGUUCGACGCUGAUUAGCACGGAAGUGUAAGGUGUUUCGCAAUUGAAUCGCGAUGAAACGCGAGUGCGCAUCGAAAGGGGGCUACAGACAUUGGUAGAAUCUACCGUAGCCUUCGAUUCGGCUCUUGGAGGAUGGAAAAUGUGUGUGGGACAAAUGGGACUCCCUUCAUUCCGCGGGAGGUGAAUAAUCAUGUAUCGUUAAUCAUUGGCGGACAGUGUGUGACAAAGUGCACGUUUAUUGAAUUGAAACAAAAAAAAGAGAGAAAUCUCUCCAAUACGAAGGCUGCGAUAGUAUUUUAUCACUCGAUACUUUGUGUAGUAAUUAAUUUUUAAUUGCGUAAUUAUGAUACAAUAAUAAAGGUAUAGUUUUGUUAAAUUUAUUAUCUACUAUCUCUUAUUGGUUUUGACCAGGGACUGUUUUAUAUAAAAAUAUAUAUAUACAUAAUAGAUAUAUAUUAUAAAAUUGUGUACUCGCUAUUGCGCAUAAAGCAAUUUACAAGCAAGGAACGCAAAACGGAAUAUAAUCGUAAUGUAGAGAAAAAAAUAAUUACAGUAAUAACUUAAUAAAAAAAAAGGAAAAAUGUAAAUAUAUACAAUUAUGCCUAUAGAGACAGUAAGCAAUCGUGUACUUGGAAAAGAAAAUGUAUAUAACGCAGUGUACUUUUAAUUACAUAGGUGAAAUAAUAAACAGCUUCUUUUGUUGUUUGCAAAUA